AUGGCCGCCAUCGCCCUCGCCAAUCCCCACAUGGACCGACGCGUCGCCCGUCUACACUCAGACUACGGCGCUGAUGACGGUUCAGCAGCCCGCCCACACCCUUGGCGGUCCUGGCGGGUUUGCUGCCCCUUCGCCGAGAGCACGUCCGUCACCCCGGGCCGCCAGGAGGGCGCCUACGGGGUCACACCUCUUGCGCAGCAGCUGCCCCGCUUCACCAAGCUGGAGUUCGCCACCUACGACAGCGCCACCGACCCCCUGAACUGGCUGAACCAGUGUGAGCAGUUAUUUCGGGGGCAGCGGACGCUCAGCACCGACCGCACGUGGAUCGCCUCCUAUCACCUACGGGGCGCCGCGCAGACUUGGUACUACGCCCUCGAGCAGGACGAGGGCGGGAUGCCGUCCUGGGAGCGUUUCCGCGACCUGUGCCUCCAGCGGUUUGGGCCGACCCUCCGCGGAAGCCGCCUCGCCGAGCUAGGACGCCUCGCCUUCACCACCACGGUCCAGGACUUCGUCGAUCGCUUUCAGGCGCUCGCGUGCCAUGCCCCGGGCGUCUCGGCGCGGCAGCGCGCCGAUCUCUUCGUCGGCGGCCUCCCCGACUACAUCCGCGUCGACGUCGAGAUGCGCGAGCCUACGGACCUGCAGACGGCCAUGUACUACGCACGGGCCUACGAGCAGCGCGCCAUCGCCAUGCAGUAG